UGAAAUAGCAGACGAAUUAAAUAAAACAAGAGCAGCACGGUUUGACUGUAUCUUUCUCUUUCCCAUGAGCUUUUUCUUCUCCAUAGGAACCGUAAGCCCAACAACGCACGCACUGGCUUCGCUUCUCAAGGUUUGCGCACGCACGCACUUUUCCCACUCAACUCUACAGUCACACUCUUCAGACGUUUUCUUCUUCCCAUCCAUUUUCCCACUAUCGCUUUCCUUCAUUAUCUCUCGCUUCUCCUCCUCCUUUUUCUAUGAACAAUUGCUUUUCUUUAUCUUCCCCGCCAUUUCCCGCUCCGUAUCCCCUUUAGCUUCUUCACCCCAAACUCCGUAAAUUCAUCCUCCCCGGCUCACAAUAAUCUGUGAGUGCGCUCUCGGAGCUUUUAGGGUUUUGUUUGUUUAUUUGUUUGUUUCCUUCUCUCUUUCCAUGGAAAGGAAACAGGGUUUCUUCGCUGCUCUCAGAGAAGAGGUAGUUCGUGGGCUCUCGCCUUCGCGUUCUCGGGCCAACAGUCCCGGACGAACCGGGUCGCCGAUGUCAGGCUUGCUUUGGAGGAAGAAGCAGAGCAGUCAUAACUUUUUGGUGAAUCCUGAUUCUGCGUUGAUCGCGAGAUCCGGGAGCAUGAGAGUGUUGGGUGAGACCUUAGCGCCGCUCAUGGAGGGACCCGACCCGGACGGAUGUCAAAACGGGGAUCCGAAGAGGGUUGGUUCGGGUCUUGGCCAGUGGAUGAGGGGACAGUUUUCUCGAGCUCCUUCGGUAACGUCAGCGUCUUACAAGAGGUCUGAUCUCAGGCUUCUGCUCGGGGUGUUGGGUGCGCCCCUGGCUCCGCUUCAUGUUAGCUCGUUUGACCCGUUGCCUCACCUCAGCAUUAAGGAUACUCCCAUUGAAACCUCGUCUGCACAAUACAUACUGCAGCAGUUCACAGCAGCUUCUGGUGGGCAGAAGUUACAAAACUCUAUAAAAAAUGCAUAUGCUAUGGGAAAAGUGAGAAUGGUGGCUUCUGAAUUUGAAACUGCCACAAGGGUAGUGAAAAAUAGAAAUGCCUCUAGAUGUGCCGAGUCUGGUGGGUUUGUGCUCUGGCAGAUGAAUCCUGACAUGUGGUAUGUAGAGCUUGCCGUAGGGGGAAGCAAGGUCCAUGCAGGUUGCAACGGGAAGCUUGUUUGGAGACACACACCGUGGCUUGGUGCUCACACAGCAAAGGGACCAGUGAGACCACUGCGUCGUGCACUUCAGGGUCUUGACCCCAGAACCACUGCCAGCAUGUUUGCGGCUGCCAAAUGCAUCGGGGAGAAGAAAAUCAAUGGUGAUGAUUGCUUCAUCCUUAAGCUCUGUGCUGAUCCUCAAACGUUAAAAGCUCGGAGUGAGGGUCCUGCAGAGAUCAUCAGGCAUGUCUUAUUUGGCUACUUCAGCCAGAAGACUGGACUCCUUGUUCACAUUGAAGAUUCUCAUCUGACCCGCAUCCAAUCUAACGGGGGUGAAGCAGUUUACUGGGAAACCACAAUAAAUUCAUUCCUUGAUGAUUAUAGACCUGUGGAAGGGAUUAUGAUUGCUCACUCUGGUCAUUCUGUAGUAACACUUUUCAGGUUUGGGGAGAUGGCGAUGAGCCACACCAAAACAAGAAUGGAAGAAGCCUGGACCAUCGAAGAAGCUGCAUUCAAUGUUCCAGGCCUUUCAGUUGAUUGUUUCAUUCCCCCAGCUGAUUUGAAAACUGGUUCAGUCAGUGAAACUUGUGAGCUUCCUCAGGAUGAAAAAGGAAAGAAAUCUCUGGCAGUACAUCGAGUUAAGCUUUCUGCACUGGAAAAAUCACACCAGGGCAGCACUGAUUGUACGGAAUGGUAGAUGGAAUUCUAACUCUGGCUGAGGACUCGACCAAUGCAAUUGUUCAUAGCAGUUACUAGUACUUGGCUACUGAUACUCAUAGAGGUUAGAGUUGGGAUUCAGUUGGUUCUUUGUGGAAGUCUACCUGUGCCUCUAUUUAAUCUGUAAAUAGAGCAAAAACAAAAUUCACUUGUUCCUACCAGACCCGAGUGAAAUUUUAUACUCUCUGCAGGAUCCAUUUACGUAGUUGGAGCUUUUGUUUAUCCACCUAGGAAAAUAAAAAAUAGGGAUUGUUUUUUACUUUGGCUUCCAUACACGAUGAAAAGUUGGUGCAUUGACAAGAAACUUGUGUAACUUCGCGACUUAGUUUAGUGUUGGUGGUGGUAGUAUUUAAGAACCUUCCACCGACCUCAGGGGGUCUGACACUAACAGAUCAGUGUUGAAGGAUGUGCUAAUUUGUAGGAAUUGUUUCUGGGUUUUGAUUGGUAAAACGGGUGUUUUUGGGUCGGGCAAUUUACUGUCUUACUUCUGGAUCGAGCUCUUCUGAUAUGGUUUACAGCUGUAUUUUUGCCCUUUUUAUUCAGUGCUUCUGAAGAUGGUAUGUAAUCGCCAAUGAAUGCCCAUGAUACAUUUCUUGUAUUAGGCUUUCCAUUGAAUUUGGGGAAUUGAUAUGCUUCCUAGACA